UUACAAUUACACAGCACUACAUAAGAUCACAUACAAUCGGAGAAGACAACACCAUUAUAUUUGCCGCAGUGAGCACCGUACACGUUUUCUUGCUCCAUGUUGCGUUAUCCAAUUAUAUCUCCAACCCUUAAAAAAACUUUUAGGUACACAAACUGUCAUCAGAGAGUAGUGUAUUUCCAAACCGUAACAUUUACAGUGGCACCAACUGUCCAAUUCAGUUAACCUUUAACUUUUUUUUUUGGUAUCACAAAGCUAGCAUCCAUGCAUAUGGCAGUGGCUCCUCCAGCACAGGAAACUAGAGGAGCAGACAGUAAUCAUAGGCUCCACACUCCCGGCGCCAACUUAGCCGUUGCUCCGCUCAACGGUCACUCCUUCCACCCUGUAUUUAAACUUCCCCACGCGCCACGCACUCUGUAUUCAAACUUCCCCUGCUCCUCUCAACUCAACACCACAUCACUGACUCACUCGAUCACUGUCGCACUGAGAACACAAGCACGGCGGGCCAGAACCAGUCGCACACCCAGAAGCUAAUGGCGUCCGCCACCGGGAACUCGAGCCUGCGGAGCUGCUGCUCCCUUCCCAACCUGCUGGUCUGGCUCCUCAACCUCUCCCUCCUCGUCCUCGCCGCCGCCGCGCUCGGCCCGGUCUUCCUCCUCCGCCCGCGCCCGACGCCCUUCGGCUGGGCGCUCGUCUCCGUGCACGCCACCACCCUGCUGUCCGCGCUCGCGGCGCUCCACGCCCAGCUCACCCACCUCUGCCUCGCCGCGCACGCGGCGCUCGCGCUCGCCGCGCUGUCCGGCCACGCGCUGGCCUCCCUGGCUUUCUUCCUCCGCCACGACCACAGCCUCCGCCUCCUCGGCUCCGACAGGGACCGCCGGGAGCAGUUCGUGCUGGCGUUCCUGGAGGAGCUGCUCCUGCUGGCCAUGUUCGUGGCGCAGGCCGUGGCGCUGGCGGCCACGUGCGUGGUGAGCCGGCGGUGGGCCAGGGAGUACCAGGCGGCAGAGACGGAGAAGGCGGCCGCGGCGAGAAAGCGAGGGAGGAAGAUGGCGCGUGUGCAGGCUGAGUCGGCGGCCGCUGCGGAGGCCGGGGUGAAGGCCGUCGACGAGAAAGUGAUGCGGAGCAGCAGCGGCAAGAAGGUGCACUGGGCCAUCAACGAUGGAUUCGAGGAGUGCUAGAACCACCAAUGAAUGGAAGUAGAAGAAUAAAUAGUAAUCUCCUAGCUAUGUUAUUGUUCAGAGGUAUGAUGGCCAUUAUAGUGUGGCCAGAAUAUAUAAUCAACCAGAGUUGCUAUUUGUUCUUA